AUGACUUUGUACUCAUGGGGGGCCAAUUCUCACGGCCAGCUGGGUUUAGCAAUAGUGUCUGAACAAGUAGAGAAACCAACAAAAGUGGAGAUGAAUUUUUUCAAUAAAAAUCAAGGUGUAAAGCAAAUAUCCUGUGGUGGUGGCCACACACUUUUAUUGGACAGUGAUGGUGGCCUUUACUCUUGUGGAUGGAACACAAAGCAGCAAUUAGGUAAAGAGAAUGAGACAAGUAACUUUGAAAGAGUAUGGAAUUUGAGUGGGGUCACAUUUACCAACAUUGCAUGUGGUUGGGACUUCAGCUGUGGUGUUACAGAUAGCCAACUACUAUUUGUGUGGGGCUCUAAUAGUAAAGGGCAACUAGGCUUACCUAAGAACCACUUCUCAGAUCCAGUUAAACCAGUUCGACUACAAGUGAAUGCUUGUGCAGUGUCUAUGGGACUUAGGCAUACAGCUAUACUUAAUUCAAAAGGUGAAGUAUGGGUAACAGGUUGCGGUAAGCAUGGACAACUGGGACUAGGACCAGAUAAGCUGUCUUCAGAUAGAUUCCUUCAAGUGCCUAAGAUUGGUUGCAUUUCUCACAUAUCAUGUGGACAAAAUCACACUAUUUGCUGGAGUUCUGAAGAACAUGCCUUAUAUGUGUGGGGUGACAAUAAACAUGGUCAAUUAUUGCUUAGCAGUGAUAAGUAUAAGAAAAUAUAUGUACCUCAAAAGAUAGAUAUAGAUGUAAAACAAGCAGUGAAGAAACUUUUAUGUGGUUGGACAAAUGUUUUGCUAUGGUUGGAGAAUGGAGCACUGUUGACCUGGGGAAGGAAUAGCUACGGACAACUUGGUACUGAAGCACCAUUUGAAGGAAAAAUUAUUCAUGUUAAACUUCCAGAAAGCAGAGAUAUUAAAGAUGUUGCAUUGGGAUCGGAGCAUACUAUUUGUUUGGCUACUGAUAACACCUUAUGGGCUUGGGGUUGGAAUGAACAUGCCAAUACUGGCACAGGUGGAGAGGAGCACAUCUUCCAACCUACUAGAGUUUAUAUUGGGGGUUUAGGUGAUGCUGUAAUAACACAAGUGUAUGCUGGAGGAGCUCAUAACUUCAUAUACACUGAUGGCAAAGAUGUGUCUUUUGAUAGUCAAUGUGAACCAUAAUCAAAAGGACUUUAGAGUAAAAUUAAAUUAGCAUAUAAUGCUAUAGUAAGAUAUCAAAAACAAUUUUUUUGUUAACAUAAUCUAGUCUUGUUUUAUUGUUGUGUCUAUAUUUUUGCUUUGGUUUAAGGCUUUCUCAUACAUUUGCGAUCAAAAUAUUUGUAAUUUUUAUUUUGUACUAUGUGGGAUGUUUUUACAAAUGACAUGUCUUUGUUUUCAUUGAUAUUUA